AUGUCUUAUCACCAGUAUAAUAGUCAUUACCAGAGAAACACUGGGUAUACUAAUAGUAAUAGUAAUAAUAAUAAUUACCAACAACGACAUGGAGGAUACGGUUAUCAAAGUGGAUUUCAAGAUAAUCGUCAUACUAAUAGAUCGAAUAAUUAUUCACAACGUGAGCCAACAAGAACUCAUCCAAUAAAUAAUGCUAGUAAUAAUACAACUACUAAUAAUGCUUUAAGAUCCACUAAUCAAUUAUAUAUGGGAGAUUUAGAUUUUUCAUGGACACAAGAUACAAUUAAAGAAAUAUGGAAGACACUUGGAGAAGAAAAUAUUAGAGUCAAAAUGAUGAUGAAUAAUAACAAUAAUAACAAUAAUAGUAGGUUUGGUGAUAAUACUACUAUUGGAAAUAAAGAUAUUACAAAGAAUCAAGGUUAUUGUUUUAUAGAAUUUUCAACAAAUGAACAAGCUGCAAAUGCGCUAUUAAAAAAUGGGAUGAAUAUCCCUUCAUUCCCACAAAGACGAUUGAAGUUGAAUUGGGGUAGUGGUGGUAAUGUUACUCAUAGUAAUAAUACUCUCGGUACUGCUACUGCUACUAAUAAAUCAAUUGACGAAACAAAUAAUACUAAUAAUUAUUCUUUAUUUGUUGGAGAUCUUGCACCAAAUGUUACAGAAUCACAAUUAUAUGAAUUAUUUAAUGAUAAAUAUCCUACCAUGAUAGAAAGAGCAAGAGUUAUGAUUGAUCGAAUUACAGGGGUAUCAAAAGGUUAUGGAUUUGUUAAAUUUAUUAAUUCAAAUAUACAAUCCAGAGCAAUGAUUGAAUUACAAGGUACAUAUCUUAAUGGUAGAGCCAUCAAGAUUAAUAGUACAGGACAAGGACGCCAACAAACCCAACCGUUUACCGAUAAAAAAUUAAUUGGAAUAAAUGAAAAAUAUCCAAAUAAACAAUAUCAUAAUAAUAAUAAUAAAAUUAAUAAAUUAUCAUUAUUUAUGUUACCUGUUCAACAAUUACCUAAAUUAAAUCAUAUGACAGAUCCUAAUAAUACUACAUUAUAUAUUAGUAAAAUAUCACCAUAUGUUAAUGAAUCCGACCUUGAAGAAUAUUUUAAACCAUUUGGACCAUAUUAUAAUAAUUUACAAAUUUUCAAAAGAGAUAAUGACGAGAACAAUAUUAAUACUAAUGAUUCUAAAAGUUAUCGACAAGGUAUCGUUCAAUAUGUUAAUCGAUAUGAUGCCGAAAGAGCAAUGAUAGCAUUACAUCAAUAUCCAAUUGAUGGCAUACCAUUACAAAUAUCUUGGGGUUUACCAAUUGAUGUAAAUCAAUAUAAUGAAAAAACACAAAUACAUCAAGAUAUUCAAUUUAAACCUCAACCAUCGUACCCCGAUGAUGUAUAUACAUACGUAUGA